CUGAUUUCAUGCAAAACAGGCAACAACAAAUGAACCGUCAGUGUUCACGCAGAUUUCCAACAUAAACAACCAAGGAUGAAACUUUUUUUAAUAUUAUUUGUGGUGAAAUUAUCCGUGGAAUAUGUUAUUCCUCCACCUUCACAGGCUGCGUUGAUGGCUCGAUACGUCGUACAUAACACAGGAUGGAUUUCUUUGGCUACGAUUUCAACACAAUCUAAAAUUGUUGGAUACCCCUUCGUGUCGUUAAAAUCAUUCAGCGAUGGACCUGAUAAUAAUUCCACUGGGGUACCCUAUUUGUACAUGACUGAUAUGGAUGUUUCUGGUAAAGAUGUGAUUGCGAACAAUAAAGUAACAAUUAUGGCAUCAUUGGCUGAAGAAUCUUAUUGUAAAACAAAGAAUUUUGAUCCACAAGAUCCCAGAUGUGCCAAAGUAAUGAUGUCUGGAAGAUUAGUCAAAAUACCUCAAUCUUCCGAGGAAUACAUGUUCGGAAAACAGGCUCUUUUCGAUAAACAUCCCUCAAUGAAGGACUGGCCCACAAAUCAUAACUUUUAUGUUGCAAAGAUUGAUUUAGAGCAAAUUGAAGUAUUGGACUUUUUCGGAGGAAUCAAGCACGUUACCAUCGACGACUAUUUCAAAGCCAAUGCGAGUACUGGGAACAAUAUUUUAACAGAUUUUCCGGAAAUUGUAGUCGUUGAUAUUCAAGCUUAAAACUUUCUAUGACUUAAAUAAAACUAUUAAAUAUAAAAAUGCUUUAAUAAACUGUUACAGUUACAGUAA